ACGAUGCCCGACUCGCCGGCCGACGUGAAGACGCAGUCCCGCUCCUCACCCCCCAACAUGCCACCACCAUCACCAGCGGUCUCCCAGGGAGCCACGCGGCACCCCACCUUCACCUCAAACCCUAAUCGUGACGCUGGGCCGCCGAUGUUUCUCCCUCGCGGCCGAUUUCAUGGUUGCCUGAAAUGGUCCAUGGUGUGCCUCUUGAUGAAUGGGAGCAGUCAUUCUCCAACGGCCAUCAACGGAGCCCCCUCCACGCCCAACGGCUUCAGCAACGGGCCGGCCACGUCCUCCACGGCUGCCCUCUCCAACCACCAGCUGCCUCCGGCCUGCGGCGCUCGCCAGCUCAGCAAGUUGAAGCGCUUCCUCACCACCUUGCAGCAGUUUGGCAGCGACAUCUCUCCGGAGAUAGGGGAGCGGGUCCGAACGCUGGUGCUGGGCCUCGUGAAUUCCACACUGACCAUUGAAGAAUUCCAUUCCAAGCUCCAGGAGGCCACAAACUUCCCCCUGCGCCCUUUUGUCAUCCCGUUCCUGAAGGCCAACCUGCCCCUGCUGCAACGGGAACUUCUCCACUGUGCCCGCAUGGCCAAGCAGAGCCCCGCCCAGUACUUGGCGCAGCACGAGCAGCUCCUGCUGGACGCCAACGCCUCCUCGCCCAUCGACUCCUCGGAGCUGCUGCUGGAGGUCAACGAAGGGGUCAAAAGGCGGACGCCAGACAGGACCAAAGAGAAUGGCUUGGACCGCGACUCCCUGCAUCCUGAGCACCUCAGCAAAAGGCCUUGCACCCUGAGCCCUGCCCAGCGGUACAGCCCCAGCAACGGGCUCAGCCAUCAGCCCAAUGGGCUGCCCCACCCCACCCCUCCUCCCCCCCAGCACUACCGCCUCGAGGACAUGGCUGUGGCCCACCGCUACCGGGACACCUACCGCCCUCCGGAUCCCCGGGACCUUCGGGAGCACCCCCGGCCAGCUGCCGUCCACAGUUCCCGGCAAGAGGAGGUGAUUGACCACCGGCUGACCGAGCGAGAAUGGGCCGAAGAGUGGAAACACCUCAACAAUCUCCUGAACUGCAUCAUGGACAUGGUGGAGAAGACACGCCGGUCCCUCACCGUGCUGCGCCGCUGCCAGGAAGCUGACCGUGAGGAGCUCAACCACUGGAUCCGCCGCUACAGUGACGCCGAAGACAUGAAGAAGGGGCCGAGCCCUGCCAGCCGCCCCCUCAACAGCACUGCCAACAUCGAGGCGCCACUGCUAGAUGCUCAUCGUGAAUUUGUAUCCAGGCCCCUGUCUGGCUACAUGCCGGAAGAAAUCUGGAGAAAAGCUGAAGAAGCCGUGAACGAGGUGAAGCGUCAGGCCAUGUCGGAGCUGCAGAAGGCCGUCUCGGACGCGGAGCGGAAGGCCCACGAGCUGAUCACCACGGAGCGGGCCAAGAUGGAGCGGGCCCUGGCCGAAGCCAAGCGCCAAGCUUCCGAGGACGCCUUGACCGUAAUUAACCAGCAGGAGGACUCCAGUGAGAGCUGCUGGAACUGCGGGCGCAAGGCCAGCGAGACCUGCAGCGGAUGCAACACUGCGCGCUACUGCGGCUCCUUCUGCCAGCACAAAGAUUGGGAGAAGCAUCACCACGUCUGUGGACAGACUCUCCAGAGCCUCCAAGCCUCUGUCGGGACGGCCACUUCUGGCCCGGUUGGGCUGCCCGGGGCUCCUGCCCAGCCAGACGGGGUGGCCGUGACCAGUACCCUCCCUGGCGUGGCCCUGGGAGGCAGCUCGAGCGAUCCGGGCUCCGCCACCGUCUCACGUUCUGGCACGCCAGCAACCCCAGCCCCGCUGGACACCACGUCCCGCUAG